AUGACCGACCGCGUAAUCGUCGGCUCGAACAAAUCCCCCAGCAAUCCCACCCCCCUCUCCGCGCCCCAAGAACAACAAGUCCGCGACCUCUACUACAAAAACGUGCGCGCGAAAUGCGCUUCGGAGAUUGAAAGUUCGUCCCUCCUUCCUCCAUCCCCCAUUCCCUCCCAUCCGCCACUAACAAUGCCAUCUGCAGCAUUCGCCCAAUGCGCCCUGGGUCGCACGUUCACCAUGAUCUACGCCUGCCGCGCCCCCCGGCUCGCAAUGAAUUCCUGUAUGCUGCAAUACCAGAAUCAAGACGAGCUGGAUAAGGCGAGGGCGGAGUGGUUCAAGUUGGCUGGGGAGCGGAAGAAGGCGAGAGAGGAACACCAGCGGCGGCUGGAGGAUGCGCGGAGUAAACACAAGGAGUGGUGGAAUUUGGAUGAGAGUGGGCAGUUGCAGGGGAAGAGGGUAGAGGGAGAUGUUGGGGGCAGGAGGGAGGAGAAUCGUGUGGAUGAGAGGGGGGUUACGAGGGGUGGGAUUUAUCGGGGGACGUGA